AGCUAGUUUCUAUGGACUGUCAUAACAGUUAACAUAAUCACAAUAUAUAUUCAACGAACAGACACAACUAUAAAAGCGAUUUUAUUCAAGCACAACAUUCAACAUGUCGUCCGGCUCAUCCAAUAUCGAUCCCAGCGAGUUCAAUGAGGCCAGUGUGAGUGCGGUCGACGCGCACAUUGGCCCCCAGAAUGCAGUGCAGGAGAUGCCGCCGACCGAGAUGCCGAGAACAACGCCGCGAUCGGUCCAUUCGCGUGGCUCCAAUGGGCAUGGACGGCGGUUGCGGCAGCGUGUGUCGACGCCAUCGAUCGGCACUCAGUAUCGCAUCUGGGUCUAUCAGCCGAUAUAUGAGCCACACCCGAAUCGACACACGCUCAAUCGCAUCAUAUUCUCGAUAGCUCGAGCCUUGCGCACUCGUCGCUCGGUGCCGGCCCAGCCAGGUCAGCAUCCGGGCGUCAUCUACAGACGCAACGCGGACCUGAUAACCAUUGAUGUUGAGCGGGAAUAAGUGCUAGUGAUCUAAGAAAUAUACUAACUGACAAAGCUACUCUGCCGGUAUGGACGUGGCUAGCAUGACGAAUUUACACAGAUAGCAGAUAUAAUAGAAAAAUUAUUAGACGGUAAUUCGGAUAAACAAAUAUUCAAGAAGCAGACGAUUUCGAGGAGGUUUUCACAUGUCAAGAUCGCAGUCAAGUGAGCGCUUUAUAUAUAUAUCAUCUAGCUACAGCAUGCAUCGCCUAUGGUGUUCCAGCGAUAAAGGCCCACAGCAGCAAGUUAGUUCGGAACAUGGAAACGCCUGUCGAAGAUUAUAUAUUCAUUAUAAUUAUUUGUUUAAAGCUGAAAAGAGAAAAAAAAUCAGU